UAAUUUUGUGUUUUUUUUGUGGGGGAGGUAGGGAGAAGGAUGUCCCCAGACCACCCUACACAAAAGCUGCCAUGCAGCCCCUCUGCAUACAAGUUAUGGUAUAUACCAUUUAACUUGCAUUUAAAAGCAAGCAGUAGGUCUGGGUAAUUUGGAUGCUUCAUCUUCAAAAAAUAGCAGCCUCAUAUCAUUUCUGGUGUCCAUGCAUUUCUACGUAGAUGUAUAUAUUUGCACAGCGGGGUGGCCUUAAUUGUCAAUGUGUUGGAGAUCUAACAGCCUGACUUCAGGACUUGCUGUGGUCACUGUAUAAUGUACUUUGACAAGAUAGUUCACUCUCAUAAUGCUUCUCUCUAUGCACUUCUCUCCAUACAUUACCUAAAAUUUGUUUAUCAUUAAUAUAAUGUGUCCCAGCAUAUUGUCAUAGAUUGUUGGGUCAACCUGGCAAGUUGCUGGCAAGUAUAAACCUGUGAUAGACUAGUGUCCCAUUCAGGGAUAGUCCUGGCCUCAGCUCUACUUGUCACAGGAAUCAGACAAAGUACUGGACUUACAAGAAACCAUGCUCAAAAGUUUUGUACAUGUAUGCCAUUACUGGAUAAAUUAAAUGUUUGGUGGGUUAGCCCCUUGUACAAGAAAAUGUAAAACUAAACUUGUAAUUUUAUUUAAUUCAGAUUGGGUAGUUUUAAUCUUCAUUUUUGUUCUCUUUUCAAGGGGACUCAGGGGGACAUGAUGUUACCUCUAAGUCUUGUGCACAAACUCUAAACUAUGAAGAGGCUGUAGAAAACAUCCAGAGUAGAAUGAAAGAUGCAAGCUUAUCAGAAGGAAAUUCUACCAGCGAGAGCAGAGAAAAGAUGGCAGAUGAUAUGGUUGAUGCAGGAGGGAAUCAGAAUGGCAGUCAGGUAAAUGCUCGGCUUUCAACUAGCAUUAAAGGGAUACCGCUGAGUGUGCAUGGAAGAAUCUGCAUGAUGUUGAAUGUCAAAAGAGAUGUGAAAUUUGAUGACUUCAGGAUGCUUGCAGAGAAGGUUGGACUAGACAAAGAUGAGACAAACUUUAUAGGGCAGUUGAAAAACCCUACAGAUGAAAUUCUGAAAACAUGGUCAAAGAAACUUGAGGCUACAGUUGGGAAACUGAUUGAAAUCUUGAAGGGGAAGGAUCUUGAGAGAAUGGAUGUAGUUAAGGUUCUUGAAGACUGGGUUAAUGAAAAAUAACCAAGUGAACUAGACCUAAAUGUGUUUAUUUUUUAGCUUUCGAACGCAUGGGUACAUGUAAAUUUUUACAGGACACACACAAAAAAUAUGUGUUCUGUAGACUCUAGCUGCAGCAAUUAUUUACAAAUUACAAAGCCAUAACCAUGCUUUGUUUUUACAAAUGGGUGUUUAAAAAAAGACUUGAAGCAUGGUGAAACUAUUUUUUUGUUUUAUGAUAUAGAGAUCUAUACAGGCGAAGAUUUAGUUGAAAUUGAAAAAAAAGAAAGAAAAAUACAGCUUCUGCACGUAGGACGAUAACAAGACUGUGCUUCAUGUACAGUUAAUGUUUUGUAGUGUAGCUAACACCAUUUAUGCUGACGUUUGGCUAACAUCCAUCCAGUGAAAAUGACAAUACUUGUGAAUACAGUUAACAGGCUUGUAUGAGAACCUACAUUUUUAUAGCUCAGUCUGAAUAGGCUCCUAUACAUCUGUUGUUUAAUGGGAAAUCAUGCGGUUUAGGUUCUUAUUUUAUUCGGGGUUUUUUUUUUAGCCUGUUCCAUGCUCUCGGUCAGUGGGGACGAUAGAAAAAGCGGGCAGGCGACGAGCAGGGUCUGGUAGAGAAAAAGGAGAGGUCCUACCCUCUCCUUUUCUCUCCCGGAUCUCACUCGUCGUUAAUCCCGCUCGUCGCCCACCCUCUUUUUCGAUCGUCCCCACUGACCAAGAGCGUGGAACAGGCU